AACAAAAUGAUAAAUGCUUGGAAGAAAAAUAACUCAGGACAAGCAGAGCAAUACUAAGUGUGUGCUUUCACACAGAGGGCUCCGGGAGGGCUUCCCUGGGGAGGUGGUAUGGUAUCUGAGCAAGGCACCGCAGGGUGGGACGGUGCAGGCGGGCGGUCCCGUGGCAGAGCAUCCCAGGCAGAGACCUGAGGUGGGCAGAGCCGGGGGUGCUGAGCCGCAGGGCGCUGGGCUCCGAGGCCGAGCGCAGAGGUAGGAACAGGCUUCUGGGUGGGCGCCCCGGCCUCAGCACUUAAGGCCUUUCAGGUCCGGGCAAGGACUUCGCAUUCUGUGUCUAGACCGGCCCCCCGCCCCAGCCCCCGCCCCGCUUUGUUAAUGGGAAAGCUGGAGGGUAGCGGGAGGACGGCUCAGGCUGGCCUCUGGAUUCCUCAUCCAAGUUCAAGAUCCGAAGCAGCACCUCCUCCGACACCGAUCCCUGCAGGCUCACUUAACUCGCCUGUUAGUCUAGUCGUUGGAACCACAGCAAAGAGUCAUUUCUGUUAGUCACACUUUCGCACUAGCCCAGAUCCCUUUUGUGGCUUUUGGGUGGGUUAGGAGGCGUGUGGGGUGAAGCUCGCCAGAUCGGGGGCCUCGGGCUGGCCUGCUCUGGGCCCCCCGCGGGCUACCUCUACUGGCAUUUCUGCCCGCGGCCAGCACUCGGACCCACCGCGGGGCAGCGCGACCGCGGCGCCUCGAGAACUAGGCAAAGUCGAGCGCGCGUCCACCCGAGCUCCGGGAACACCUCCGGGCCGGCUCCAGCGCCCGCGGCUUCCGGCUCCGGACGCCGGGGCGGGGCCCGAAUCUGCAUUUCUAGCCGGCUCCCAGAUGCUGCAGGUCAGGCACCCACUUUGAGACCCACCGCCCCAGAGCUCGGUUGCCCGGAUGGAGGUUCUGUUGGGUUCCAGGGCAGCGAGCCUGGCACCGCUCACUCACUCCUCGAUCGCCAACCUCAGUCCUCCCGCCGGUCCGCCCACCUCGCCCUCGCCGGGCCCUGCCGCUGCCAGGAGGAAGAUGAAGGCUCGCGCUCCGCCGCCUCCCGGGAGGCCCACCCCCACCAGCGUGCUCAGAGGACAGAGACCUCCCCGCGAUGCGUCCCCUAGCCCCCCGCAGAACCUGCUCAGCAGGAAGGAGACGCUGGACGGCAGGGUGGUGGCCAUGACCGUGGUGCUGCCCAGCGGGCUGGAGAAGAGGAGUGUGGUCAACGGGAGCCACGCGAUGAUGGACCUACUGGUUGAACUUUGCCUUCAGAACCACCUGAAUCCGUCCAACCAUGCCUUGGAGAUCCGGUCUUCAGAAACUCAACAGCCUUUGAAUUUUAAGCCAAAUACUUUGGUUGGGACCCUGAAUGCACAUACCGUAUUUCUGAAAGAAAAAGUUCCUGAAGCGAAGGUUAAGGCUGGCCCCGCCAAGGUGCCUGAGAAGACGGUGCGCCUGGUGGUGAACUACCUGCGCACGCAGAAGGCGGUGGUGCGCGUGAGCCCCGAGGUUCCCCUUCAGAGCCUCCUCCCCGUCAUCUGCGCCAAGUGUGACGUCAGCCCGGAGCACGUGGUCCUCCUCAGGGACCACGUGGCCGGCGAGGAGCUGGAGCUCUCCAAGUCCCUCAACGAGCUGGGGAUCAAGGAGCUCUACGCCUGGGACAACAAGAGAGAAACCUUUAGAAGAUCAUCACUUGGCGACGGUGAGACAGAUAAAGAGAAGAAAAAAAUUCUGGGAUUUUUCAAAGUUAAUAAAAGAAGCGAUAGUAAGGCAGAGCAACUCAGGCAGCCGGGGGCGGGCAGCGAUGAGGACGCCUCCGAGUUCGCACUGGGAAGGGGCUCGAAUGGCUGCUCGACGACCCCAAACUCCCCGUCCGUGAACCCCCGUUCCACUCCACUGGGUCCGUCGCUCUCCCUUGGCAGCAUCUCGGGGGUGUCGGUCAAGUCAGACCUGAAGAAGCGCCGAGCGCCUCCCCCUCCGUCCCUGCCCGGCGCGGGAGCACCCGUGCAAGACAAGACGUCGGAAAAGGUGUCUCUGGGGUCACAGAUGGACUUACAGAAGAAGAAGAGGCGUGCACCGGCUCCCCCUGCGCCCCAGCCCCCGCCGUCCAGCCCGCAGGUGCCCCCCCGCACGGAGGACAGGGAGGAGGACCGGAAGGGCAGGACGGGUGUCGGACGGCAGGUGCCACAGAAGCCUCCCAGAGGCACUGCUCGGGCCCCCCCCCAGUUAGUGCUGCCCCCGCCCCCGCCCUACCCUCCUCCUGACACGGACGUGGCAGAGCCGCUCGGCUUUCCUGGGGAAGGCGCUGUUUCCGAGGCCUCCGACCUGAGACCCACACUGAGCCUGCCCCUGGGGCCCGGCGGUCCCUGCGGUGUGGACGGGGUCCCGCCACUGCCAUCGGAGGCCGAGGAGACUGUGUCUGUUGGCAGCUGCUUUGCCUCAGAGGACACGACAGAGGACUCGGGAGUGAUGAGUUCCCCCUCGGACAUCGUGUCCCUGGAUUCCCAGCACGACAGCACGAAGUCCAAAGACAAGUGGGCCACAGACCAGGAAGACUCCAGUGAUCAGGACCUGGCUGGGACCCCCGAACUGGGCCCCCAGAAGAGCCCCUCGUGGGAGAGGAGUGGCUCCGGGAACUGGCGUCCAAGAAACGGAAGAGUUGCUCCAGCCUCACGUGAGGAUGAAGACCUAUUCAUGACUGGCCAGUUCCAGAAAACCCUUGCAGAACUGGACGAAGAGCUGGCAGAAAUCGAAGAAAGCUACGAAACCGACCCGAGCUUCCUCACCAGCUGCGUACACAGCAUGUCCGGUCUCUGCCCGCAAGGCACCGUCGUCCCCGACGGCGAUACCGAGGCAAUCCCGGUGACAUUCAUAGGGGAGGUUCUCGACGAUCCCGUGGACUCGGGGGCAUUUACCAACAGAAACAACAACGCCGGCUCUUUCGACGCUGGGAGCGCGGCCAGCAAGAAGGCCCAGCUGCCGCCGUGCCAGGCCACGCACAGCCAGCAGCACGGGCAGGGGAGGGCUGCGGGGCCGGGCUCACCCACUCCUCCCCAGGACCCUGGGAGAGAAAUCAGAGUGGCCUCGACCGACACCCGGAAGGACGCGAGUGCCAGUGAAAUGGCGCCCAAGGCAGCUUCUGCUUCCACACUCCACACGCACGACCUGAGUGCGAAGGAGGAAGGCGAGGCGGCCGGCUCUGCUCAUGGCGGGGGGACCCUGGCCACCGGGAGGGUGAGCACGCAGCCAGGGAAGGAGAAGGAAGGAGACGGUACAAGUGACGUCUGGGCACCACCGCCGUGGUACCGCGGCCAACACCCGGGGGGCAGUUACGGGCUUAAAUAUGGCCUCACAACGUAUAAAAUCGUCCCUCCGAAGUCAGAGAUGAAGUGCUAUGACCGGGGAGCAUCCCUGUCCAUGGGUGCCAUCAAGAUCGACGAGCUAGGGAACCUGGUGUGUCCCCACACGAAUGCCGGCAGGACCGUAGUCCUGACGUCGUCCACUCUGGAAGCAGAAGCCCCGCCCAUCGGAAAAGUCAAAGCAUUCUGGAGGUCCAACUCUCUAGAAAAACGCUCUAGCCGGCCCACAGAGGGGGCCAAGAGGACCUCUACCCCCACCACGCCCACGAAUCCACAACCUCAAGAAAGCAGACUCAGAGCGGAGCCCGCUUCCCCAGACCCCAAAGCGACAUCGCCCCGGCCCCAGUCCCCCCGCCCAGAAGAUGGGAGACCCCUGGAGGAGGACAGAAGCUGGCCACUCCCAGCAGCUGCUUGUCCCCCGAAAGUGCCAGCAGCGAACACCGCAGAAGUCCUGUUUCUCAAACCUCCCAGAAGAACAUCCAGCCAGUACAUGGCCUCUGCCAUUGCCAAGAGGAUAGGGACCCCCAAAGUCCACACCGACGUGCGGAGGAAGCCCGAUAAUGCCCAGAAGACGUGUGAAGGCAGAGCGCCAGAGCCAACUGGGCGCCCUCCCGUGAUGAAGGAUGGGACCAGCCCCAGCCCGUACCCAGACACAGGCGUGCGUCACCGUGGGGACGAAUGGGCAGCAGGAGCCCGUCCCGGAGGGCAAGUCAGCAGCCCCUCUGGGAAGCUGUCUGCUCAAGACGGCCCCACUGGCACCCACAGAACUGCCCACGGACCGCUAAUCACAGCUGCCCAGAGGGGUCAGGCUUCUGUGGGGCAGAGCUGUGGUCUCGGUGGAACGCAAAGCCCGAGGAAACACAGGAGCAGCUCGGCAUCUGAUCUCAAGUGCCAGCCGGACGGCACGAGCCCCCCGCCCCCUCGCUCAGGAGGGGAUCAGACUCCAGGCAGCGCCCUGGUGAAUGGCUCCAGGUGGGUCUCCGUCCACAAAGAGCCUCUCCUCUCUCCGAGAGUGUCUGAUGCAAGUAGCCACGCUGGACGGGAGCCCCCAGAAUGGGAGGAAAAGCCGGGUUUGUCAAGCACAGAUGUACCUGAAGCCGAUGGUACCCCGCCAGCCAGUAUCUUCGGGCCAAAGAAGAAAUUCAGACCUGUGGUCCAGAGGCCAGCCCCGAAAGACACAUCCCUGCACAGCGCCCUGAUGGAGGCCAUCCACUCGGCGGGAGGGAAGGACAGGCUUCGCAAGACUCCGGAACCCGGCUCAGAGGGCGGUCCGAAGAAGCCAUCCUACACAGAGGUAGACAGCGAGCGCUCAGCCCUGCUGGCGGCCAUCCGCGGGCACAGUGGCACCUGCAGCCUGAGGAAGGUGACGUCCUCCGCCUCCGAGGAGCUCCAGAGCCUCCGCGAUGCCGUGCUGUCUGCACAUGGGGCAGAACCCCCGGGGCUAGAAGACCUUGGGAUCCAGUCCCCACCCGCCCUGCUGCCGCCGCCGCCCCCGCCCCCUCCGGUCACCCAGGCUCCCACCGUAUCCCGGACGGCGUCCAGGUCCAGCUCGGGCCCCCUCAGCAACCCAGUGGACGCCAGGCAGGCCUUGAUGGAUGCCAUCCGCUCAGGCACAGGGGCCGCGAGGUUGAGGAAGGUGAGGAUGCGUGACUGCGCGUGCGUGCUCCCGUGGGCCAGAGGCCGGGAGAAGAACGCCCCCGGGCAGACGCGCGCUCAGCGUGGCGGGAAGUCACUGCCCAACUCGCUCCUGGGAUGCAGGGCGGGCUCCGGUGCACUCCUAACCCCCGAGCGCGUUUCCAACACCCACAGCCGCCUCUGAUCCGGGACGGCCCCCUGUGAUGCAUCCUGAAGGGCCUGCACCGCACUCACGGCCUUCGGCCGGGGUCCAGGCGACAGCAUAAUUGCUUAAUGAAUUCAUCUUUCUCUCUUUCCUUCUUCCUUUCGUAAUUUUGUUUUCUUUUGCC